AUGGGCAGCUGUCCUGGGGCCCAGAGAGCUCCAAGCUUACUGCGUGUUAACUGUUGCGCACUGUACUCAGACGGACAUAUUUCUUUGACACACUGGUGGACAGACGCAACGUUUGAAAUGGCUGUUACCCUUCACACAGAUGUAGGAGAAUUUAAGAUUGAAUUGUUUUGUGAACGCGCGCCGAGAUCAUGUGAGAACUUCCUUGCCUUGUGUGCCAGUGGGUUUUACAACGGCUGCGUCUUCCACCGAAAUAUUAAAGGCUUCAUGGUUCAAACUGGAGACCCAACAGGCACAGGAAAAGGAGGGACCAGUAUAUGGGGUCGCAAAUUUGAAGAUGAGUUCAGUGAACACUUAAAACAUAAUGUAAGAGGAGUGGUCUCAAUGGCAAACAAUGGCCCCGACAUGAACGGCUCCCAGUUUUUCUUCACGUAUGCCAAACAGCCUCAUCUGGACAUGAAGUACACAGUGUUUGGAAAGAUUAUCGACGGCUUGGAAUCACUGGAUGAACUGGAGAAACUGCCUGUAAACGAAAAGACGUUCCGACCGCUGAGUGACACCCGGAUAAAGGAUGUGACCAUUCAUGCCAACCCUUUUGCUGGAUAGACGACAUACUUUUUUAAACAUGGAGAUGGGCUUUAACACACACAUGGACUAAGAUAUUCCCAACAAAGCAAUUGAUACACUGUAUAGUACCUUGCCAUGGAUGGAUAGCUUGUCAGAAGCUAGAAGUUUGAGAGAAAACCCCUGGACAGUUUGCAUGUCAGCCUUUGCUGACAUGCAAACUGUCCAAACAGGUAUGACCCAGAAUUUAAAUAUUAAACUCCCAAAAAGCUGAGAAGAACAUUUAAAUACAUUUUUUCUUGCUGUAAUCAUUCCUCCUGUUCUCGCUGACCAUUAGAAGAUACCUUCAUAAUGCACUUAUAAUGGAAGUAAUUGGGGUCCAAAAUCCACAGUCCUCUUUCUUGUAAAAAUGUAUUUAAAAGUUGAUCUGAAGCUAAUAUUCUUCAGUCACCCAUAUUAGUGAAAUCAAGUAGAUAUGUUUCACCGUCACAGUGUUUUUUAGUGCCAAUGUCCCUCUUUUUUAAAACUGUACUUCCACCACAGCUCAACAGGAAACACAAAGAGAGAAUUUGAUGCUUAAAAAGACUAAAUGUGUCAGAUAUCCACUUGAUAUAACUAACUCAGACUGUUGAACACUCAUAUAAGCUUCACAUCAACUUUUAAAUGUAUUUUUGGAUUUUGGCCCUCAUCACUUACAUGAAAGCACAUUUGAAGGAGAUCAUUUAACAGCCAGUAUGAACAGCAGGAAUUAAUACAGUGAGGAAAACCUCUUUAAGGCCUAUCCUUUAACUCUCCUUUGGGCAAAAGAUAUAAUAUGGUUUUAAUAAGACAACGUUAGUCAUGCCCCACAGAUUAAUGCCAGAUUUCUCAUUCAACAUUCAGUCCAAAAAAGAAAACAUGUCUGACUUUGUGUAACAUUGUUUUAAAGUCUCUGAUCUUUUUUUCUUGAUAAGACUGUAAAUAAAUUGCCAGUGUUUUGUAUUAAAUAAAACU